AUGGCAGACACGAAAAACCCGUCCGUAUUUCUUCUUAUGAUUAAUGGUCAAAUCGAAGAAGCAUGUUUUCCAGAAUAUGACGACCUGUAUUGCAAGUAUUGUUAUGUUUACGGACGGGACUGGUUACCCACGUCGGGUCUGGAGGAGGGGAUCUCACAGAUUGCCUCCAGGGGAAGAGAUACCCAGCACAACCAGGUGUGGAACUUCCCUGUGGAUAUCAUCUUCAAGAGCACCAACCCCUAUGGCUGGCCUCAAAUAGUGGUCAGUGUUUACGGUCCCACCGCCUUUGGAAAUGACGUGGUGCGAGGGUACGGGGCAGUUCACAUUCCUUUCACCCCUGGUAGACAUAAGAGAGCCAUUCCAAUGUUUGCUCCUGAAUCGACUUCAAGACUGCAGCAAUUCACAAGUUGGCUGAUGGGAAGGUGUCCAGAGUUCACAGACCUCAAGGUUGCUGCCCAGGGAGAAGGAAGGGAAGUCACUAGGGUGCGCUCUCGAGGCUCUGUCACACUCUCCUUCGACAUUGUGACCAAGGACAUGGGGAAGCUGGGCUACGACACUGCGUGGACGGAGUCACAGCAGGCCACGAGUCUGACUGCCACACGCCCCGCCUACUUAUGA